AAUUGCUUAGUGUGAAACAAUGUCCCCCAGGUAAAGCCAAUCUGUUCGUAUAAAGAUCUGUGGUUGGUUGCUCAACAUUGUCGUCAUUUCCAGUAGCAGCGUUGUUAUGCCGCGUUCACAACAACUGGGAACUCGGGAAAAAUACGAGGUCAAAUUACGUCGUCGUUGAUCUUCAGGUGGGAAAGUCUGAUCUCUAGAAAGAGGCCCGAGUUCCCGAUUUGGAAUUCCGAGUUGGAUGACCGUUAAAUAAUUUUCCCAGUCGUAACUCGUUUUUUAACGCAUGUAAGUCGGAUAUUUCCGAGUUCCCAGUUGUUUUGAACGCGGCAAAAACCUUUGAAUUUCUUCAAGCUGGCAGCAGUUGCGGAAAGCACCCCAAUUGUGGCAGAGGACUGGCUCUUGUUUAACGUUCUGUUGCCAACCAGGCAGAAAUGUGAACAUCUCAUAUCGCUAGAAGAGGAUGGACAUGAGAGCUGCUGCACAGUGGAGUCAAGGUGGAGGAUGUAAGAGUCAGCUUGAUUGACAUGACCACUGAGUGUUGUGGCAAUGGUGUCAUGACUCCAGUGAUAUGGAUGGUCACCUGGUUACUACAGGCACAUUCAGUUAUGUGUGAUCUGCCUGCUCCAGUCAAUGUGACUCUCUCCUCCAGACAUUUUGUCCACCAGCUGAGGUGGGAUCCAGGCCCUGGGUCCCCCAGGGGCGUGUACUACCGCGUGAUGGUUCGCUCUGACAGGGGUGUCCAGUCUUGGGAGGUGGUGGCUGGUUGUGAGCACGUGGAGUCCCCACUGGUGUGUAACCUGACUAAAGCAUUCUCAAGCCACAGUCGCACCUACUACAACCAUGUGUACGCUGUGUCUGGGAACCAAGUCUCACCCCCGGCCAACCAAAGCGGCUUUAAACCCAUCGCUGACACCCUCCUGGAUUCGCCCGUGGUGAGUGUUAAGGCCUGUGGCAGCACUCUGUGUGUGGACCUGAGGCCUCCUGUGGACGGCCUGUGGGAUGUCUACAACAGGUUCCACUACAGUUUAAGCAUCAGCAGCAGCAGACAUGGAGCUACGUACUCUGAGAAGAUAGCUUCUCUGAAAGAAAAGAUUCUAGAGAACCUGGCUCCAGGCAGAGAGUACUGUGUCUCCGUCAGAAUAAUAGAUAGCGAGGGGAGACGCAACAAGAACUCAUCCUACAGCCAACCACACUGUGCCGUAACUGCUGCCAACUACAACGCAGACACAGAGAUCUCAGUGGUUUUGUGUUUGCUCGUGUUGUCUGGGCUGUUUACUACUACCCUAUUGUUCCGCACUGGAUUCAUCUGUCUGAGACAACACCUUCCAGAAGUACUGAGCUCAAUACAACACCGCGAGGAGAACCUACAUCCAGUGCCCUAUAAUGAGGAACCAUUUCCCUCAGUGCAUCUAGUGCCACCAUCGCCCCCUUCAGGAAGCACUGGGAAGGACAGCGAGAGUGAGGAAGAAAGUGAGGCAGAGACAGAGCGAAGCAGUGGGGGAGGACAAGGGUACAAGACACGAGGGAUCACUGCUGGUCUGACCUCUCAUAACCCCCUCUCUUCCUCCUCUUCCUCUAGAACAGAGAUGUUCCUACACCCCUAUCUAAGCACCCUCUCUCCGGCAUAUCCCACUGCCACAUCCACAGACACUCAGACCACCGCUGAGACACAGCCCAACCGCCCUCACUUUCCUCUCUUCAUAACCAGCGACCAACAGCCUGAAUCUCUGCUCAGACCUGACGGCCUCUCAAUGUCCCUAUCAAACAACCAGCCACUGCCUAGACCCUUACAAACCAGUCAGCUUACAGAGCCAGCUCAAUGUGCCUCACGGGGACAGGACUUGAGCUUGAGUCUCUCCUCAGAGAGAGACACAGGGAAUGCAGAGGGAUUACAUCCGGAGGAGGAGGAGAGCUGCCUGGAUAUCAACCUGCUGUCUGUAACCCUAGGUAGUAGACAUGAGGAGACGAAGAGGCAGAGAGAGAUGGUGGAACCAGAACACCUCUCUCUGGGGGAGCCCCCUGAGCCCACCACUCCCUUCCUGCCCUCUGACACCAAGUUUCGGGCCACAGAGCCUGCCAUAACACAGACGUACACAGCUACGUCUGAGGAAGAGGAAGAUGAGGAGUAUUCUGGUUACAUGAGGCGAUGAGAGAAGUAAUUGCUUGCACAAUUAACCAACUAUCCAUUCCAUUUUUUUUGCCAGGAGUUUUUUUAAUUUGUUAAUGAAACCCCAUAUGGUGCUGACUAGUGGACAUUGUGUACUCUUCUGGCAUAAAUAUCAGGCUUCCCAAGGUAGCCUGAAGUGGCUUCCUAGUCCUUCUUCCUUUUUGUUAUUUACCUUUAUUUAACUAGGCAAGUCGGUUAAGAACAAAUUCUUAUUUACAAUGACCGUCUACCGGGGAACAAUGGGUUAACUGCCUUGUUCAGGGGC